AUGGCUUUCUUCCUCCCUCUACUCUUCCUUUCUCUAGUCUCCUCCUCCGCCGCCGCCUGUGAUCGUUGUCUUCAUCACGCCAGAGCUGCAUUCUACCAGGUCGAGUCCGACGGUGAACUUAGAGGCGCCUGUGGCUAUGGAAAACUCACCUUGGAGCUCUCAAAUGGCUACUUCUCGGCUAUCACGGCUUCUCUUUACGGCCAUGGCGCUGGUUGUGGCACCUGCUUUCAUGUAAGGUGUAAAAACGAGGCAAUGUGCAACAAAAAAGGCACCAAGAUUGUUGUAACGGAUGGCAAUGAGAGCUCUCGAACAGCCCUUGUAAUUAGCAAGAAGGCUUUUAGUGAAAUGGCUUUGAGUGGCAAAGAAGAAUUGCUUAUUAUUGAAGGAGUUGUGGACGUUGAAUUCAAAAGGGUUCCUUGUGAGCACAAAAACAAGAACUUGAUGGUUAGAGUGGAAGAGAUGAGCAAAUAUCCCACUUAUUUAGCCAUCAAAUUGCUUUACCAAGGUGGCCAAACCGAAAUAGCAAGCAUAGAGAUCGCUAAGGUGGGUGAUUCGAAUUGGGCUCCGAUGGCUCGCAACUAUGGAGCUGUUUGGAACUCGAAACAUCACGUACCGGAAGGACCAUUGCAAUUACGGUUUAUGGUGACUUCUGGAUUUGAGAAGAAGUGGAUCGAGACAAAGUCUGUGCUUCCCGCUGAUUGGAGACAUGGACAAGUUUACGACACUGGAGUUCAAAUCAACGAUAUAGCUAAAGAGAGUUGUUCAAAUGAUAAGUGUGCCGAUGUGCAUUGGGCUUAGUAUA